UAGUUUUGAAAGGUUUUGUUUUGAUUUGACGUUUGGGUUUGUCAUUUCACGUUUGAGUAUUGAUAAUGAAAGCGAGUUUAUUUUCCGUCGGCGUCUUUUAAAUUUUACUUGUUUUUCUUUUAUAUAAAUGAUAACUUCUGUCCUACAGUUAUAAAAAAAAUGGCGUGUCUAUCAUAUAUUUGUCGAUUGAGUAAUAACAUAAUAGGAGGUUAUCGGAAUAUUCUGCAAAGCAGAUCCAGUUGGAUAUAUUCAAUCCAAACAUGCGAUUAUUCAACUAAGAAAUCGGCCGAAGAAAGGCUAGGUAUCGAAAAACCGAAGCGUCCUUUAACUCCAUUCUUCAAGUUUAUGGCACAGAUGCGACCUGCGCUUUUAGCUAAGAAUCCCAGCAUAACAUCAAAGGAAGCAAUUUCAUGGACUUCAAAACAUUGGCAACAAUUGGAUAGUGAAACCAAGUUGCAAAUGACCAAAGAAUACGAAAAAGAUUUGAAAGACUACAAAAAAAUAAAGGAACUCUACCAGGCAUCACUCACAGACCAGCAAAAGGAAGACAUAAGAAAAAUGAAAGAAGAAAUGGCUCUUGCAAAGGAGAAGAGGAAACUGAAACAAGAUCAUAAAGAGUUAGGUAGACCAAAGAAACCUAUGUCUUCAUACAUUUUAUACAUGAUGUCCAGAAAUGACAAAUCAUCUGAAGUGAAGGACUUCAAAAAUUACCAACAAAAAGUCAAAGCAGAUUGGGUUAAAUUAACAGAAGCUGAAAGAGUUAAGUUUGAGAAGCAAGCUGCAGAUCUAAUGGCCAAAUAUAGGAAAGAGCUAGAAGCAUGGGAAAUGAAAAUGAUAUCAAUUGGUCGUAUGGACUUGGUGCGCCAAAAAUCCACACCUAAAAAGAAAGCAAAGGCUGAAAAAGAUGAAUAGGAACUCGGGUGCUCUGACAAUUCAACUGAUACAAUCAAACAUAGUCAUAAUAUGUACAGUGAUAAUGUACAAACCCCUAAAGAUAUAGUUGUAAGUGAAAAUGAAAAUAAAGUUGAGUCCUCAAACUCUGAAUCUGAAAACAGUAUUACAAAUAAGAGAUCAGAAGAAUGUCAGAGCACGGGUGCCAGUAAAGUUGAUGAUCAGACUGAGGCAAAAGUUUCUAGUGAAAGAGAGAAAAGUAAGAACUUUAUGAAUAAAGUUAAGCGCUUCUUUAAAUUUUAGUUAUAGUUUAUGACUUAGUUGCAAUGUAAAUCGUGUCAUGUAAGCUCAUUAUAAGAUUUGUGUACA